AUGGCUACCAACGGGACCAACGGCACCAACGGUGUUAGGAACAACAACAGCAAGUAUGACCCCAACUUCACAGCACAUGUCAUUGGCCUGAUGGCCGCCGAGACGAAACCCAGACACCGAGAAAUCCUCAGCUCCUUGAUUUCACAUCUACACGACUUUAUCCGGGAUGUCGAGCUCACGCAAGACGAGUGGAUUAUUGGAGUCAACUACGUCAACGCCAUCGGCCAAGCUUAUAAGAAGAACCGGAAUGAAGCAUGGAGAGUGUGUGACGUCUUGGGUGUCGAAUCCCUCGUUGACGAAAUCAACCACAAGAUUGUCACCGAUGAGGGCCUGUCCCCAACAUCUUCAGCCAUUCUUGGACCUUUCUGGUCACCUGAAACACCAUUCCGGGAGUUGGGCGCCAGCGUCGUCCAGGAUAUGCCCAAGGAUGGUCAACUUACACUCUUCCAUGGCGUGAUCAAAGACGCCGAAACCGGCAAAGGCAUCCCAGGCGCCGUCUUCGAUAUGUGGCAGGCCAGCACCAACGGCAAGUACGACGUCUUCGAUCCCGAGAACCAGAGCCGUCACAAUCUUCGAGGCAAAUUCCGAACCGACGAGAACGGCAAAUUCUGGUUUUACUGCUUGAAACCCACCGAAUACGCCAUCGACACAUCUGGACCUUCAGCUGAUCUCCUGAAACUGAUGGGCCGGCAUCCAAACCGACCAGCCCACAUCCACAUGAUGGUCACUCAUGACGAUUAUGUCGGUGUGACUGCCCAGCUAUACCCCAACGAUGAUCAAUGGCUAGAGACCGACACCGUCUGUGCGGUCAAGGACGAUUUGCUUUUGGACUUUAAACCUGCAAAGAACGACCCUCACGGCGCCGUUCUCGACGUUGAAUAUGACGUUCGCCUGCUGUCGAAAAAGUACAAGCCAGACAACACCAUGUUGAUGGGUAACGCGAACCAGGACAAGUUUUAA